AUGGAUUAAUAAUUAAAAAAAAAGUUAAAGAAGCAAUAGGUCCAGAAGAUUUAAUUUCAUUAAUUGCAUGAAUUUGCUGGGUUCUAAGUUGCAAAAGACAUAAGUGAAAUAGCACCAGAACCUCAAAGAAGAAAACCUUAGUAAUUGACAUAAUAGCAAGUACAACAUCGACAACAAUUAUACAUGAAAUCCAAAUUUUAAUUCGUCUUACUUUCACAACCUAUCAGUAAAAAGAGACAUUCUAUAUUAUCAAAGAAGAAGUUAGGUGGGAUGACGUGUAUUAAGUAAUUUACACAACAACUCAAGAUAUUACAUGUCCUAUUUGUAUAAGCGAUCAUGACAUCAUAAUCCCUUACAUUACACCAUGUGGCCAUAUUUAUUGUCUUCCAUGUUAUCAAAGACACAAAAUUCAAUGUAAAAUCAUAAUUCUUUAAUAAUUUAGCAAAAUUUAAUUAAAAAUGCCCUCUUUGUGGAGAAUUGGCAGUAAUGAGUGAAUUGAAAUCAGUUAAAAUAAUUAAACAUAAAAUCAAGAACUCUGGUGAUACUGUACUUUUAAAUCAAAUUUAAAGAUAUAAAAAUGAAACAGAAUUAUAUGUUAAUGGAAAGGAAUCAGUUAUCUAUGCAAGAACUUUAAUUGCAAAUGAAUCAUAUAUCAUGAAAAUUUUUGAGGAGGAAAUUUUAUAGCUUUAGAGGUAAAUGAAAAUAUCUAUUUCAGUUAUUAUGAAUUAUGCGAAACUGAAAUUUAGGAACCAGUUCAAUAAUCUAUUUAAUUUCUAUUAGAAAGAUAAGAUAAAUUACCAAAAAGGAAUCUUGAUCUUUAACCUGAAAUUGCUCUCAAAUCAUUUCCUCAAAAAACCAAUUAAAUUAUUUAUAAGUUUUUCUAAGAUUCAAAUGGACUUCUAGGCUUUUUACAUCCAUUAUGCAAUAAAUAUAUCGCACUUUAAUAUGGCAAUGAUCAUCUUCCAUAGUAAAUUGAAUCAUACUUAAUAACAAAAGAUUAAUUUACUUAGAAUGAUUAGACAUUAGCUAGAUAUAAGUAUAAGUAUAAUUUUAAUAUUAGAUUUCUUUCUCAUAUACCAUUACAUACAGAAAUCUAUUUUUAUGAAAUUGAUUUAAAAAAUAUUUUAAAUCAAGACAAUUUAAAAGAAUAUUUACAUGAAGUAGAUAAUAAUUUUAUUUUUAGAUUUAAGAUUAUAGGGAUAGAUAAAGAAAAGAAAAAUUAAGAUAAGAAGAAAAAUAUAAUUAAUUAUAAGCUUAAUUAAUUUAAAAAUAAUAAUAUUCAGUCGAUAAUGGAAGUGAUUACUAUUAUUCAAAUUAAUAAAUUGAAGAUUUUUAAUUUGAUGAACAAGAUUUUCCAGAAUUGCCAUGUGUUAAAAAUGCAAGUUAAUAAUAAGAUGAUAUAGAAGACAAAAGAGAAAUAGAUUAAAACUAACCUAAAUAAUAAUAAUAACAAUAAUAAUAAUAAUAAUAAUAAUAAUAAUAAUAAUAAUAAUAAUAAUCAUAAUAACCUUAAUAAAAACUAUUUGAUGAUGUUAAUCUAGAUUUAGAAUCCUAAUUUCCAAGUUUAAAUUAAGAAUGUUCUUAAAUUAAAGUUAAUCCUUAUUCAAAAACAUGGGGUUAAUAAUAACCAAAAAUAGAAUAAAAAGUUGAAGUAGAGUAGUUGAUUAAGAAAGAAAAUAACAAUCAAGAACUAGUAAAAUUAAGUGAUUUAGACUUUCCUGUGAUUGUGAAAUAAAAAAAUAAAAAAAAGAAACAAAAUUAAAGAGAGUGA